UUUUCUUCUUCUUCUUGUUUUUUUUUUACGACGCCCCUUUCCUCGCGUUUUCCCUCUCCUUUAUAACCACCAUCACCACCACCACCUCACCUGCAGAGCUCCCAAGUCCCAAGGCAACACCAACUAACCAAGAAGAAGAGGCCAAGAACUAUCCUUACCUGAUCGUGAUCGGCCGGCCGAUGACGACGGGGGAGGUGGUGGAGGCGGCGGCGGUGCCGCGGGUGGUCUCAAUCCUGUCGGCGCUGCUGCAGCGGGUGGCGGAGCGCAACGACGCCGCGGCGGCGGCGGAGGAGGGGCGGCGGCGGCCGGUGUCGGCGUUCCAGGGGCUCACGAAGCCGGCCAUCUCCAUCGGCGGGUACCUGGAGCGCAUCUUCCGCUUCGCCAGCUGCAGCCCGUCCUGCUACGUCGUCGCCUACAUCUAUCUCGACCGCUUCCUGCGCCGCCGACCCGCGCUCGCCGUCGACUCCUUCAACGUCCACCGCCUCCUCAUCACCUCCGUCCUCACUGCCGUCAAGUUCGUCGACGACAUAUGCUACAACAACGCCUACUUCGCGCGGGUGGGCGGCAUCAGCCUGGUGGAGAUGAACUACCUGGAGGUGGACUUCCUCUUCGGCAUCGCCUUCGACCUCAACGUCACGCCCGCCGCCUUCGCCUCCUACUGCUCCGUGCUCCAGAGCGAGAUGGCCUACCUCGACCCGUCGGCACCCGUGGACGCCCCACGGCUGCACUGCUACUCCGCCGGCACGUCCGAUCACCACCACGACGACCCCGCCGCCGCCGCCACGGCUGCCGGCUGCCACCGUCACAGUCAGCAGCAACCGCAGCUCACCGUCUGAUCGACCGGCCGGUCGAUGGAGCCGUUUCUUUUUUUGUCCUGGUGGUGUCAAUUCGGCUUCUUGCUUCGCCUUCUUCCCCCUCUUCGUCCUUCUCCUCUUCUUCUUGGUACAUAGGUGUUGGUCGUUCCUAGUGAGCUCUGGGGUAGUCGGUUAGGUGGAUUGGAUCAUGGAUGGGGUCUCGGGAUUUUUGCCAUUCUUCGACGGAUCGUGGAUCAAUGAAAUGGAUGGAUCGGCUUGGGAUCCGGUUCGAUUUGGCCA